AUGGCCGCAGUGGCUACCAAAUCUCUCUGGGGCGCGCCCGAGGACGCCGCACGGGUGUCCAAGGAGAUUAACGAAAACAUCGCGCUCUCCAAGAAGGCCUUCGAACGGCGCAAAAAGGCCAUCAAAAUCCUUCUCCUUGGCCAGGCCGAGUCGGGAAAGAGCACGACGCUCAAGAACUUCCAGCUUGCCUUGUCUCCCGCCCACUUCCACAAAGAGCGUGCCGCCUGGAAGACAAUCACCUCACCCCGUACGUCUCCUUCACUUUCUUUCUUCGUGCUCCCGCACCCACAUUCGUUUCCAUGCAGGAACGUGAAGCGCCUGUUGGAGGUCCUCCACGAAGAGUACGAGAGCUCGCUCCAAGACUCGUCCGCGUCCUCCAUCGCCGAAGGCAAGGGUGGCGCCGGCCGAUCGCCCUCGUCUCCCGGUAUCCGCGGCGACCGCCAGCGGGAGUAA